UGAAUCUGCAUCGUCCAAGCAAGCACUCAGCAUACAAUGUCGUCGCAGCUGUUCAGCGUCUCGGGCAAGGUCGUCUUGGUGACGGGAGGAUCCAGAGGGAUCGGACUUAUGAUCGCCGAGGGCUUCGUCGAUGCGGGCGCCAAAGUGUAUAUCUCCUCUCGCUCCAAAUCAGUCUGCGAUGCUGAAGCGGCCAGGCUCAGUGCAAAAGGACCCGGCAAGUGCAUCAGCAUCCCGGCCGAUCUCCAAAAGCUGGAAGAGGUGCACAGGCUGGUGGCCGAGAUCGCUAAGAGAGAACCAUACCUGCACGUCCUCGUCAACAAUGCCGGCGCAACCUGGGGCGAGGACAUCUCCAGCUACCCCGACGAGGGAUUUGAAAAGGUCCUCAGCCUCAACCUCAAGCGCAUCUUCAGCCUGAUCCAGGCAUCCCUGCCUCUGCUCGAGGCCGCCGCCGUUCCAUUGGAUCCAGCACGCAUCAUCAACAUCGGUUCUGUUGAUGGCAUCCAUGUCCCGCUCCUGGAGACGUAUGCCUACUCCGCCUCCAAGGCUGGUCUCCACCACUUGAGUCGCCAUCUGGCCAGCAAGUUGGGCUCGCGAUACAUCACCGUCAACAAUAUCGCCCCUGGCCCCUUCGAAUCCAAGAUGAUGAAGGCCACGCUUGAAAGCGCCAAGGAUCAGAUUGUGGCCUCGGUGCCGCUCGGUCGCAUUGGAUCGCCCGCCGAUAUGGCCGGAGUCUGCAUCUAUUUGUCCAGCAAGGCCGGAGCAUACGUCAACGGGGCUACGAUCGCGGUCGACGGCGGCCUCCUGGUUCAUGCCAAGAGCCACAUCUAGUUCAAUCGAAGAGAUUUGAUAUGAUCCUUUCGUCUGCGGCAUUUUGGAAAGUCGCAUCGGGCGUCCUGUAUGUCUUGGGGGAUGGCGCCAUUCUCGUUUUUGAUUACAGGCAAUCCAAUAAAAAACGGGACACCCGGGUUUUUGACCAUUCA